GCUCCUGCCGCCGUGCCCGCCCUUCCGGUUCCCGCCCGCGCCGCCGCUGCUCCUGUCUGUGAGGGAAGGACGCCCGCGGGGCUCGCCAGCCGGCCGCCAGGAUGUCGUACAUGCUGCCGCACUUGCACAAUGGAUGGCAGGUGGACCAGGCCAUCCUGUCGGAGGAGGACCGGGUCGUGGUCAUCCGCUUCGGGCACGACUGGGACCCCACGUGUAUGAAGAUGGAUGAGGUCCUGUACAGCAUCGCCGAGAAGGUUAAAAACUUUGCUGUUAUUUAUCUUGUGGACAUCACUGAAGUACCAGACUUCAACAAGAUGUACGAAUUGUACGAUCCCUGUACCGUCAUGUUUUUCUUCAGGAACAAACACAUCAUGAUUGAUUUAGGUACAGGUAAUAACAACAAGAUCAACUGGGCAAUGGAAGAUAAGCAGGAGAUGAUUGACAUUAUAGAAACUGUUUAUAGAGGAGCCCGCAAAGGUCGAGGUUUGGUGGUAUCACCGAAAGAUUAUUCCACUAAAUACAGAUAUUGAUGUUUCUUUGGGCUGCCUUUUUUCAUAAUUCUAUGUCCACUUAAAUUUAUUUCUGUGUAUGUGUGUACAUAUAUGUAUAUUAAAAGAGAAAAACGCUACAA